AGGCAGCGAUCGCGUAAAAGCGAUUUAAGAAAGAGAAACUUUCCGACAAGACUAUACGUGUUUAGUUUGAUCAGUGCGUACGUAAAACUGUAGAAACGGUUCGUCAUUAGCGUCGUAUUGUGGGUUGGUGGCAAAUUCGCAAUGAGUUGCAACGAUAAAAGCGACGGCAUUUCCAAGGAAGAAUGGCAAAGCCGCCUCGAAACUUUUCCGUUUAAGCAAGAAGACAUCAACAAGCUCAUCAUGAACUAUUUGGUUACAGAGGGCUUCAAAGAGGCGGCGGAAAAAUUCCAAGCUGAAUCCGGCGUGGUACCCUCGGUGGAUCUGAACUCACUCGACAACAGGAUACUGAUAAGAGAAGCAGUUCAAAAUGGAUUCAUACAGGAGGCUACUCAUCUAGUUAACCAAUUGCACCCGGAGCUGCUUGACAACGAUCGCUACCUUUAUUUUCAUCUGCAACAAUUGCAUCUAAUCGAGUUGAUCAGGGCUGGAAAGAUCGAAGAGGCAUUAACCUUCGCUCAGACACAGAUUUCUGAAGCGGGCGAGAGUAACCCAGAAGUGCUGAACGAACUGGAGCGCACAUUGGCGCUGCUGGCCUUCGAAAAACCGCAGAACAGUCCGUUCGCAGACUUACUCGAUCAAACUCAUCGCCAGAAGGUAGCGAGCGAAUUGAACGCCGCAAUCCUGAAGAUGGAGCACCAGGAGCAAUCGAGUCCUCGGAUGAUCAACAUCCUUAAGCUUAUCUUAUGGGCGCAGGCCGAGCUAGAUAAAAAGAAUGUCAAGUACCCGAAGAUGGUAGAUCUCGCAACAGCAACAAUCGAACCUAAGUAAGGCCUACGUGGCGAAUCUACCGUGGGGAAAUGCACCCUUGUACGUUGAAUAGCGUAACGGUUAACCAGUUUCACGGUGUAAGGAAGCGGUAAACGGGUCUAACCUAACUUUAUCCAACGUAAAAGGGUACGGUUGUAGGAGGGAUGUGCUCCUCGACUGAAUUCUAAAACAUUAUUGUUUAUUUCUUUGAUCCUGACCUUGUUUCGAAAAUUAUCUCUUGUUUUGUUGGCCGAGUCUAUUAGAUACUCGCAGCGAAUUGUUUCCAAGUCCGGUGUUUGCAAAUGUCUUGCCCUAAAAUUGAUCCGAGAUAGGUACAUCUGAUGAAAUAGGUUUGAAACCAUUUGCGUCCAUUGCCUUAACACCUGGUUGGUGCGCCUAGACUGGGUCAACUAGCGCAGCCCGUUUAUGCAGUUUUCGCUGAGUUCCUUUUUUUUAAUUUAGAAUAUGAGUUACUGAUACAACAAUAAGACAUUUUGCAUCCCAGGAUUACCAACGAAUUGAAUUUAAUAUGACAGCUAACAAUGUUCUAAAUGAUAAAUAUAUAUAAACGCUUUAGGGAGUCCGGCAAAACUGUGCGCGUACGCCGAGUUGGGGCUCCGACGCUGUAAUUUAAUAAAAAAUAAAUUGAGAGAAAGAGA